CGAACCACCAAACGGUUCAUUUAGCUUCUAGUUUGAGCUGAAAUGUAACACUUUAAAGAAUGUAAACGGACGUUUAGAUGUAAUAUAAUAAUAUAAGUUGCUCAUAUGAAUAAUUGAGUUUAAGAAUAUCCUUCUGAAAGUUGAUAUUUGUGUUGGAAGUCGGUGGCGGUGUAACGAGGAUUUGUGUUCACCGGACUGAAGAUGCUCUGAUGCUCUGAGGAGAUGCCUUCUUUUGACUUCCUGGAUAAGGUGGAGCUGUUUGUGCGGACGGGAUCGUAUCCUGUAGACGCAUCCAAGAGCUCAAAGAAAGUAACCAGAGCUGCCAGCAAACACUUCAUCUAUAAAGAUGGCUGUCUGUGGCGCGGUUACCGAGGCCGCUUCCUCCGCGUUGUCAGGAGCGACGAGGAGGUGAAGGAGAUCCUGGUCCGUUACCAUGACAACAACAGCCACGCCGGCCGGGUCCGGGCUGUAAAGGAGAUAAUGUUGAUGUAUUACUGGGUCGGCGUGACGGAGGCGGUGAAGACCUGGAUCAAAGCUUGUGCUGUCUGUCGGAGCCGAAGUCCCGCCGAAGCGCCCAACCCGCCCAUCAUCUUCUGCCUGGCAUACGGCUGCGAUGCCUCCAGCUACGUUUACCCCGAGCUCAGCUUCCACAGGUUUCCAAAGGAGGCAGAGCAACGGCGAAGGUGGCUGGCGGUGGCUCAGAGGGACGAAGGCUCGCUUCGCACCAACUCCUGCCUCUGCUCGAGACACUUUGAGUCGUCCUGCUUCGUGCCAAGCGAGAACGGUCAGCUGACUCUAUCAGCAGACGCCGUACCAACCAUCAUCUCCGUGACGGUGCAGGAGGACGAGGUUGUUGUCCCUUCAGACGAGGACUUCCUUCAUUCCAACACCCUGGAGGACCUCCUCUCCACAGCUGCUGCCGCUGCUGCCACCACCACCCCCGACCCCUCCGAGCCGGCCUUGGAUCACUCUGAACCCCCUGUGGAGCUGCAGGAGCACCAGUACUGCCUCCGAGCUCCUGAUCCAGACUCCAGGGAGGUCCAGACGCUGGUGGAGAACAAGAGGAAGACUGUCAUCGAGCCGAGCUUUGCGACCUACAACCAGAUCGCCAGGUAUCUGAGCCACAGGGUGUUGCCUAUGCAAAGCAAGUCUAGCAGAGGGGGUUUAAAAAGGAUGGCCAAGCGCUUCGGCCUGAAAGAUGGAGUGCUGAUGUACACACGAGUCUCUCCUCCUCUCAGAGUGCCGCGCAGCAGAGAGGAGGUAAACUCGGUCCUGCGUCAGUUCCAUGACACCCAGGGUCACUACGGCCAUGGGAUCUGCCAGCGAGAGAUCACGAAGCACUUCUACUGGGCCAGCAUGACCCGGGACCUGGCCCGCUGGAUCUCCAGCUGCCAGAUCUGCCUCAACAGAACCAAGAGGAAGUGGCUCCGCUGCAGCGUCUCCACCUGCACCAACUGCUGCGGGCCGGUGGAGAGAGGCCUGGGCCUCACCUUCUAUAAGUACGUUCUGUGA